AUGAAGAAAAAAGUACUAUUGAUGGGAGCGUCUGGUAGCGGAAAGACUUCUAUGCGGUCCAUGAUAUUCUCCAACAACCCAGCGUCCCUCACAUCCCGUCUUGGCGCAACAAUUGACGUCGAGCAGAAUCAUGUCCGCUUCCUAGGCGAUCUUAUCCUCAACCUUUGGGACUGCGGUGGACAAGAUGCAUUCAUGGAUUCAUAUUUGAGUACGCAACGCUCAAUCAUCUUCUCGCACGUCGGCGUCAUGAUCUAUGUCUUUGACGUCGAGUCUCGUGAGAUGGAGAAGGAUCUAGAAUACUAUCGGGAUUGCCUGGAGGGAUUAUCGCAGUUCAGCAAGGAUGCGAAUGUGUUUCUCUUGGUGCACAAAAUAGACCUGGUGAGGGAUACCGAACGGAAUGCGGUCGUGCAACGCAAGACGGCAGAACUCGAGAAAGCCAGCGGCGAGACACCAGUGAAGGUGUUUGGGACGAGUAUCUAUGAUGAGAGUCUUUACAAGGCAUGGUCAAAUAUUGUGAACACGCUGAUCCCUAACGCUCGUAACCUCUCGAAACACCUCCGUAUCUUCGCUGAAGCUUGCAGUGCGACUGAGGUGAUUCUAUUCGAACGCACCACCUUCCUUGUCAUCGCAACGUCUUCGCGAACCGACUCCUCCGAUGCCUUCCCCUCCGGCCCUGUUGUUCUUCACGCACUGGAUCCAAAGCGAUAUGAAAGGACUUCAGAACUCAUCAAAGCCUUCAAACAGUCAUGCUCACGGCUCAGGGAGGAAUUCCGCUCUCUUGAAAUGGAACUGGCAGAGUUCACUGCUGUGCUUGAUGAAAUGACCAAAAAUACUUACGUGUUGGUCGUGGUUCAUGACCCAGUUAUCGAGACAGCGGCCAUUAAGAUGAAUAUAUGCAUGGCGCGCAAGAAGUUCGAAGAGCUUCAGGGAGACAGCCUUAUCUUAGAAAAGUGA